AUGGCACAAAGAGAAACAGUUAAUCAAACAAUGGUGACAGGAUUCAUCCUCCUGGGAUUCAGGACUGUUCCUGAACUUCAGAGUCUCCUUUUUGUUGUGUUUUUGGUCAUCUACGUGGUGACGAUGGCUGGAAAUAUCCUCAUAGCAAUGGUACUCUUCACUAAUCAUCACCUGCACAAGCCCAUGUACUUUUUCCUAGGUUGCCUAUCUGUUCUAGAGACCUGCUACAGCUCAACAAUUCUUCCUAGGGCUUUGAUUGGCUUUAUAACUGAGUACAAUUGGAUUUCGUUCACAGGGUGUUUCCUACAGUUCUAUUUCAUUGGUACCUUUGCUUGUACUGAGUGUUUUCUCUUGUCAGCUAUGUCUUAUGAUAGGUAUUUAGCCAUCUGUAAACCACUCCAUUAUGCUGCCCUCAUCAACAGCAGGCUGUGCAUUCAGCUCUCCUUGACUUCUUGGAUAAUAAGCAUGGUAGCUACCACAUUUACAACAUUCUUCGCUUCACAGUUGACAUUCUGUGGUCCCAAUGAAAUUGACCAUUUCUUUUGUGAUUACACACCAUUGUUAAUGCUCUCCUGUAGUGACACCCAUCAGACAGAAACACUGAUAUCUGUCCUCGGUUCCACAUGCACAGUGCCACCAAUGUUGCUGACUCUCAUCUCCUAUGUUUGUAUCAUCUGUACCAUUUUAAAAAUCCCUUCAACCACUGGCAGAAGCAAAGCAUUUUCAACUUGUUCUUCUCAUCUUAUUGUAGUCACAAUUUACUAUGGAACUCUCAUCGUUGUGUACAUCUUACCAAAGAGCAGUUCAAUGAAGGAUCUGAACAAAAUUUUCUCUGUUUUCUAUGCAAUCCUGACUCCUAUGAUCAAUCCUUUCAUCUAUACUCUGAGAAACAGAGAGUUUAAGGCAGCCCUGAGAAAAGCUUUCAGAGACUAUCAAUCGAUGUUUUUGCAGAGUGAGAAAAAGAGAUUGCACUAUUAUAACCUACAGGUUUCAGUGGACAAGCUGAAACUAGAGGCAUUAUGGGCUAUAAUCAUGAUUAACAGUGAUUAUAGUAACAGAACAGCAGCUUAUAACCGUAAAGAUAGCUAUCAGUGGAGCAUUUGA